UUUACCUUGCUGCCUGGCUUCUUCCGGUUGGAGACGUGGCUUAGAGGCGCUGCCAUAUUGAGCUGCGGAUAAGCAGUCGAGGGAGAAGAGCCGCAGAUAUUUUUCCUUAGUUUUCGGAGAAGUUGCGUAGGAUUUUAAAGAGACCGACAACAUCGGACAUUUUAUAUCAUAAGCGAUCACACACACGGAAAAUGGUGCUGUUGGCAGCGGCGGUGUGCACCAAGGCUGGCAAGGCCAUCGUGUCACGUCAGUUUGUGGAGAUGACGCGGACCCGAGUGGAGGGGCUGCUCGCCGCCUUCCCCAAGCUAAUGAACACAGGCAAGCAGCACACGUUUGUGGAGACGGAGAGCGUGCGCUACGUCUACCAGCCCCUAGAGAAGCUCUACAUGGUGCUCAUCACCACCAAGAACAGCAACAUCCUGGAGGACCUGGAAACGCUGCGGCUCUUCUCACGUGUGAUUCCUGAGUACUGCCGUGUUCUCGAGGAGAGCGAGAUCUCCGAGCACUGCUUCGACCUCAUCUUUGCCUUCGACGAGAUUGUGGCCCUGGGCUACCGGGAGAACGUCAACCUGGCACAGAUCCGCACCUUCACCGAGAUGGACUCUCAUGAGGAGAAGGUGUUCCGUGCUGUUCGAGAGACUCAAGAGCGUGAGGCCAAAGCAGAGAUGCGCAGGAAGGCAAAGGAGCUGCAGCAGGCCAGACGGGACGCGGAACGCGCCGGAAAGAAAACGCCAGGCUUCGGUGGCUUUGGAAGCUCCGGCAUGAGUAGCGGUAACUCUGCUACGGUCAUCCAAGACACUCUCAUCGAGCCCGAGAAGCCUAAGCCUGCCCCGGCCCCUGUCAGGGCUAGCGGUCCCAGUAAGGCCCUGAAGUUGGGUGCCAGAGGAAAGGAGGUGGACGACUUUGUGGACAAACUCAAAUCAGAGGGCGAGAACAUCAUCCUGCCCAGCACAGGGAAAAGGCCCUCAGAGGUGUCCAAAGCGCUGCCUGCUCCUGUCAAUACAGAGAGUGUGCAUUUGAGAGUGGAGGAGAAGAUUACUCUAACGUGUGGGCGGGACGGGGGCCUCCAGAACAUGGAGAUCCUGGGCAUGGUGACACUCCGAGUGGCCGACGACAAGAACGGCCGUAUCAGGAUAGUCUUAAAUAACAACGAUAAGAAAGGGGUUCAGCUGCAGACUCAUCCCAAUGUGGAUAAGAAGCUCUUCACAUCAGAGUCCAUCAUUGGUCUGAAAAACCCAGACAAGUCCUUCCCCCUGAACAGUGAUGUUGGCGUGCUAAAAUGGAGGCUACAAACCACAGACGAGUCUCUCAUACCACUAACAAUAAACUGCUGGCCAUCAGAAAGUGGCACAGGAUGUGAUGUCAACAUUGAGUACGAGCUGCAGGAAGACGCACUGGAACUCAAUGAUUUGGUCAUCACCAUCCCCAUACCGUCUGGAGUUGGUGCACCUGUGAUUGGAGAUCUUGAUGGGGAGUAUCGCCAUGACAGCCGACGUAACGUUCUGGAGUGGUGUCUGCCUGUGGUGGAUGUCAAGAACAAGACGGGCAGCCUUGAGUUUAGUGUAGCGGGCCAGCCAAACGACUUCUUCCCCGUCACCGUUUCAUUUGUUUCCAAGAGCAACUAUUGUGACAUGCAGGUCGCCAAGGUGACACAUGUGGAUGGAGAUGCUCCAGUGAGGUUCUCUACGGAAACCUCUUUUGUUGUCGACAAAUACGAGAUACUGUAAAGGAACAUCCAUGUAAAGAAAACAACUAUCAUCAGAGAAAAAAAAACAAGAUCAUUGGAUAUGGAAAUGUAUAAAAACACAACGCAGAGAGCUGCAAAUCGGAAAAGGUUCAUACUGACCUGUUUCUUCAACAGCAGUCUAAUAACAGGACAUCCUUUUCAAAAACAAAGCCCUUUUGACCUUGGUUUGCGAUAAUUGCUGUAUUUGUACCUUUAUAAGAGAGUGACAACACACGUCUCCAAAGGGAUCUUUAAGUGUAUAAUAAGAGACUGGCAAGGCUGGACAGUGGGAGUUGAAGGAGGAAUCGGUCACACGUUUGGCUGAGAAGGGCCAAGAGGAGUGGGGAAGGGUCGUCACAAGCCUUCGCUUCUCAAAACUAGGUCUCAAUAACAGACUCAUCGGUGACCGAAGGGGUGGGGGUGAGGGGGAGU